AAUGGCCCUCUCACAUUUCUUCCUGAUUCACAUAUUCAGUGGAGCGAGCUUGCCAUCCCCUCCCUCUUGGGCUUCCCAGACAUUGAGUCUGGAAUGAAAAUUCACCUGCCUCUGAGUUGGCCACUGGUGGGGGGAGGGUGUUACUUGGCUUCCCAGGUUGGAAGAUUAUCUCACCCAGCGUAAACUAUAUAAGCUGGCCGGGGUGGAGAAGCACAGCAGGGCAGAAUCCAGGGCUUCACUCCACAGGAGGAAAACACAGACUCACAGCCGCCAGCAUCAUGGUGCUGAAAGUGGAGGACCUGGUCACAGGGAAGAAGGACAGUAGUGGGGAGGCGAGGGAAUUCCUUCCUGAGGAUUUCAGAGAUGGGGAGUAUGAGGCUGCGGUUACUUUGGAGAAGCAGGAGGAUCUGAAGACUCUUCCAAAGCACCACAUGAGCCUGGCAGAGCAACAGUGGGAAAAUGAGAAACAGCGAGAGGCGGAGCUCAAAAAGAAAAAACUAGAACAAAGAUCAAAGCUUGAAAAUUUAGAAGAUCUUGAAAUAAUCAUUCAACUGAAGAAAAGGAAAAAAUACAGAAAAGCUAAAAUUCCAGUUGUGAAGGAACCGGAACCACAAAUCAUCACAGAACCUGUGGAUGUGCCUCAGUUUCUGAAGGCUGCUCUGGAGAAUAAAUUACCGGUAGUCGAAAAAUUCUUGUCAGACAAGAACAAUCCAGAUGUCUGUGAUGAGUACAAACGGACAGCCCUUCAUAGAGCAUGCUUGGAAGGACACUUGGCAAUCGUGGAGAAGUUAAUAGAAGCUGGAGCCCAGAUCGAAUUCCGUGAUAUGCUUGAAUCCACAGCCAUGCAUUGGGCAUGCCGCGGAGGAAGCCUGGAUGUCUUAAAACUGCUGCUGAACAAGGGUGCAAAAAUCAGUGCCCGAGAUAAGCUUCUCAGCACUGGGCUUCACGUGGCUGUGAGGACCGGCCACUAUGAGUGUGCAGAGCACCUCAUCGCCUGCGAGGCAGAUCUCAAUGCCAAAGACAGAGAAGGAGAUACCCCACUGCAUGAUGCCGUAAGACUGAACCGUUAUAAGAUGGUCAGACUUCUGAUUAUGUAUGGCGCUGACCUCAACAUCAAGAACUGUGCUGGGAAGACCCCGAUGGACCUGGUGCUGCACUGGCAGAAUGGAACCAAAGCAGUAUUCGACAGCCUCAAGGAGAACUCUUACAAAACCUCGCGCAUGGCUACCUUCUAGCAGACACUUUUAUCUGUAGCUGCUCACUGGCACUUCAAAGGGACGGCCUUUGAGAAGAGUGAGCAGCCAUCAAGCCCAGCGCCUGAUAUCAACCUAUUAUGAGGAAGCACCUAAUGAAGCUUUAGGAAAGCACAGGGUUAUAGGUGUUUGUUUCCUUCAGUGAAACUCACUCUAUUUUAUUUAUUCCUGUUAAUUUAUUUAUUUAUAUGACAUUGAUAUUCAGACUUUCAUGAGCAUCCAUUUGGUGAACAAAAUUUAAUUUAUCUCCACAUUCAGUGCCUUCUUGUAGAUAAUUCUACCAUGUUGAGGAGCAGUGCUAAGUGCCUACUUAUGUGUCCUCACUCACAAAAGAGAGUUGACGGCAUUUUGAAAGGACAAGGGUGGUUACUGCAGGCAUGUUUUCUCCAGAACAUCUAGUCUAGUGUUGGCAUUUGAACGAGCAAUGGAAGACUUGUAGUAACAGGAAAGAAACAAAAGACUGAAAGCCAUUCUAUGGAAAGGGCAGUAAAGUCAGCAUUUCAUUGCUGGACCUGUUUUGUUUUUUUUCUUUGACCAAUUUGCACAAGGUACCAGGAUGAAAGAUGGCAGAAGUGUAUGGCAGGUCAGUGAAAAGAGCUACCAUUAGAGCCACAUGGAACUGAUUUAAUCAACAAAGGUGAAAGGAAAUACAAACUGUAAAUGUGCAGAUGUAUAUUGUGUUGUAUUUAUAUUUUAUAUUCAUAAUAAAAGCAAAGAAACUCUA